GCAGGGAGUACGUACUCGGAUUGCUUUAGACUGGGCUGGUCUGCUCCAGACUCCGAGCGCCGUCCCUCGCUGAGUGCUGCCUUUCGACUCUGUUACAAGGCCUCCCUCCCUCACGGCACCAACGUUCCUCUCACUGGCUGCUCCCGCUCAUACGCUAGGCUGUUCGGUGUAGGAGGGCCGAUUCCGGGCGCGUCGGCUGUCAUGAGUGACCCUCAGUCACCUACCUCUUCCUCAGCUCCUUUCAAUCGUAUCCCUCCCUCCCUACUCAUGACAUCCGAAGAUGCCUCCGCCUCUGCAGAAUCAGCUCUGUCCACGAAAUUUGCUGUCACCUGGCCUAUAGACCCACCUUUAGGCCCUUCCGUCCCCGCACAGCUCCCCACAGAACAUCCGGUGAUCAGCUCCUCAGACGGCGAAUCUGACCUUUCGGAGAAGGAAGUAGUCUCUGAGGGGUCCUCGCUACAAUCGGCUACCCUUAACGAAUUUGACUGGGCAGCGAAAAACCGGCCAAAACUGCAACCCCAGCCCGAGUACGAUUUUGAUGGCGCACCCAGUCUUCCUCGCUUGUCACGCGCAUCCUCUAUGCCGCUCGCCUCCCAGCUGGAACAUCUCCGUAACCCUCGAAGGGAAGCGCGUACGCCUCUCAACCCCUCAUUUCCCCUAUGCCUUCCAUCCUCCGCCACCGUGGACCAAGCUCCCUACCAUGAAUUGUCUCUCGAACUGGCCGACUCGGUCCAGAUGGUAGUCCAGACGCUUCUUCAGGUCUCCCCCGUCCAGAUUUUGGAUCCCGUCAAAGAGCAACUUUCGGCAUGCUCUUUGUCUGUCCCGACGUCCUGCAUGUCGGCGGUCUUCACUGCUAUGAAGAAUCUGAAUUACCUCUCCGCCAACAUGACUGACUUAUGCUCCGGCACUUAUGAUGCAGCUUGUGAUGCUAGCCAUAAUCUCACCAGUGGCCUCUCUUUACGGCCUGAACUCUCCGUCUCCUACACGGACUUCGAUGUUGGCGAAAUGGUGCAAGGAGUAGGUGACACCUUGAGUGGCUCUGCCGCGCAUGCUGGUGUCGAUCUGGUGCUGUUUCACGGUGACGCUGGUAUGAAACAUGUCGUUGUGAAGGGCGAUGAAUGCGGCUUGUCGAAUGCUUUGACUCAUGUCAUGCGCCAAGUAAUCAAUAUUUCUCACCAAGGGGACUCGCUUGAUAUCGGCCUGUUCAUAGCCUCAGCAGCCUCAAGUACAACCCAGGAAACGGAGGAGGAAACGGAAUCGCCGGGCUCUGAGAAGACACCUGAGUUUGAUGGUCCACUGGUUUGCAGCUUUGAUAUUACUCACCAUUUCUCCGGUGUUGGAGCACCGUUUGACGGCACAACCCCAACGGGCCAGCAGCCUCGAGAAAAGCUUCAGUUACAAUCUCCUUUGUUGCAACGCCUUCUUCGGCGGCUGGGGGCUUCCCUGAAUGUAGACGAUAACUCAAAGUCAACAGCAGCUAGUCGUGUCACCACGCUGCAAGUCCAGCUAGAGCGCGGCUCGGUAGGUGCCCUCGACGCGAAGAUUUCGCUGCCACCUCAGGAACCAAAUUCGGCCGUCCGUGAAAGAGUGGCGUCAGAACCAACUCUGCAGGAAUUGAAACAGUUUGCCGAGACAUUGAGAGGUAAAAAGGCGACUCUCUACGCAAGCAUUCGGAGUUCUUUUGCACACCAUCUCACGAGCUAUCUGACUGCCUGGGGUCUUGACGUCAGCCAUGUGUCGUAUGAUGCUGACGGAGAAGGCAAUGUGGAAUCUAACGCCUCAGUAAUCAGUCAAACCUCUGGACGUGCCCGGCAACAUACUAUAGAUAGCUUUGCUCGGCAAGAAGAGAAAUUUGGCGCAUUUACCAACGGCGACGGGGCUCGUCCGCAGGAUGCUAUGUCGUUCGCCUUCAUCGAUGACGAUGUAUCCGUCCUCCGCAGUCGCCUACAGAAAUACCGCUCGGGGCAAGAGUCGGGUCCUAAUACACUGUCCCGCAAACGUCCCUCAUUGGCUGCACAUCAUCGUCCCAAAUCUUCGCCUCAAGUUGCUCGGGCGUUGGGCCUGGGACCCCUGCCUGCUUUUCAAGUUCCUGUCGUAAUCGUGCAUUUUACCAGUUUGUCCCAGUACAAGGUCGUCAAAGACAUCAUACAGUGCGACUUGGCAGCGCAUUCCAGCUCGGCAACCCCUCCUCCAGAGAUUAUGAUUAUCCCCAAGCCUGUAGGCCCACGCCGAUUUCUUACGGCUCUCCACACUGCGGCUACGAAGCCCAUAGUGGAUCCCUUUUUUGUGCCCAUUGCAACGACACCCAUCAGCCCCGGUCAGCAUGGACCACCGUUUUUCAACUCUUCAACCAGCCCUAGGUCCCCAUCCUCCCGCACACCUACUAAUUCACGUUCAGGCUCAGAGCGAUCGAUGAGAUCCCCAAGAGAGCCAGGGACAGAAGGACAUCCCGCAGCUCCGCCUUCUCCUCUCGGUAUGUCGGACAAUGUGGAGUACUUUUCUGAAAAUACGGUCAAGCUUGGUGCUUCUCCGUCCUCGGGUCUCGUAAUACAAAGCCCAGACGGGCAGCCUGCCGGUAUCUUCUUCCACCCCAAGGCUAAAGCAAUGAACCUCAAGGGCCCUCCAGCGGGCGUAGGGGGGAGUUUGCUCGUGGAGAAAGAAAAGAAUACCCUUCUUGCGGCCCCCACCGAUCGACCGAGAGGCCCUAGCACCUCACGCCGAGCCUCGGAUCGAGAUGAGAAAGUGCCUUCUCAGAAACCACUUUCAUUCUCUUCAUUGCAUACCACUACUUCGAGCGGAACUAUCCCCCAGGCACGAGAGUCUCCUCCCAGAGUUGAAAGUAACACUUUGCCUUCUCCCUUGUCUGGAGGAGUGAGGAAACCUACGCUGCAUCAAGAUGAAGGCGUGAAAGCACAACCUCCAGAACUCAACCGUAAGACAAGUUCGGAAGCGCGGAAGGUGGCUACACCGCCUACAUCUCCCACGAAUGAGACUCCUGCUGUGGGUUCGGCGGCAAGACGGCCAACUCGAAGGUUGCUCGAUCCCACAAAACCCACGACACCUCCGGCAACAUCAGGGAAAGCGAAGGCGAAUGCCGACACGAACAUUGUACCUCCCAUUAGCGUGUUGAUUGUAGAUGAUAACCCAAUCAAUCAAACCAUUCUUUCAACGUUCAUGCGUAAGAAAAAAAUCAGGUAUAAUGUGGCCAAAAACGGGGAGGAAGCAGUUCAGAAGUGGAAAAGUGGAGGAUUCCAUUUGAUCUUGAUGGAUAUCCAAAUGCCCGUCAUGGACGGAAUCACGGCAACAAAAGAGAUUCGUCGGAUUGAGGCUCUUAAUGCGUCAUCUGGUUUUUCACCAUCCACACCUCAGUCAGACCAUAGCAUUCGGACACCAUCGGAAGCUCCUUCAUCCGAGUCAAGGUCAUCAACGACGCCAUAUCGAUCAUCUGUUAUCAUUGUAGCCUUGACUGCGUCGUCUCUGCAAAGUGACCGAGUGGCAGCUUUGGCAGCUGGAUGCAACGACUUCCUUACGAAGCCAGUUUCAUUGCAAUGGCUGAACAACAAGAUCAUUGAAUGGGGCUCGAUCAAAGCGCUACAGAUGUGGGCGGAUCUGCGACCCGAAACCUUGCGGAGCAUCACGGCCGAGCAGGCUCAACACGUUGCGCAAAGGCUUCAUGUGCCAGAAGGACGUUCAACACCUGCGGAAGCCAGAAGUCACUCGCCACCCAAAGUCGCAAGCGAUGCAGCGGGGCAGACGAAGGAUAGCGUCGUAUUAACACCCAUGCCUCCCGCUGUGCCUCCAGCAACGACGUUGGAGACGCCGGACGAGACAUCGAAGGUUGAAUUACACUCGGGCGCAUCAUCGCCUUCUACGGAUUCUGGAGACACGAGGUACGAGGAUGCUACUUCUCAAAUCGCUUCCGAUUCGGAUCACCAGAGUGAAGAAGGCGCUGACCCGGAUUCCUCGUCAAGUCACACACCUGUGCCCAAUUCCGUCGAGGAAGAGUCGGUGGAGACGCCAAGAGGUGAAAAGGAAGGUCAGAUGAGCUGACGGUUCGAGGUGACCUUCUGGCGCUUGUUACGGUUUGCGGUGGCUGCCUUAGUUCAGCUGCACCUGAAGGUCGCCAGUUUCAUGCGGAAACAUUUUUGAGUCCCUUCUUCUGCUCUAAGAUACAUGUUGAUCUACGUAUGUGCACCUAUUCCCCGCUCUGCCGUUCCUGUAGUGCCUGUUUGCAGAUAUUUGGCUGUUUUGUUGUUCUUUCUUUUUCUUUUUUCUUUUCUUUGGGUUUUUGGGAGGCAUUUUUUAUGAACGGCAUAUACACAGAAGCGUUCCUAUUCUACUUGUUAC